AUGGAUUACGAAGGAGAGAAUAGUUUAGAAGAUAAUUAUGAUGAUGUGCUUUCUGAUGUUCCUGACGAUUGUGAUUUAGAAGAGACAAGUGACAGUGACACAGAAUCAGUAGAUUCAGAUAUCAGUACCGGAGUGCGAAAAAGACGACGGGUCAUGCCUUUGCCGAGUUAUUCUGAAGAAAGCUACGAAGAAAUGCAUUCAGACUGGACAGAAUUUGAUAAAACUAUAAAUAAUAAUGAAGCUUUUAGAGGCACUCCGGGUCCUACUGUGUUUCCAAUAGAUACAAGUAUGGUCGAUGAAUUCGCAGAUAUGUUUAUUGGAAACGACUUAUUUGAAUUUAUUGCCACGGAAACAAACAGAUACCACGCACAGAAUUGUGGCAAGCAUAAACAGCAAAAAAACAGUGCCAAAUGGUUCGAUGUAACGGUAGCAGAGCUGAAAAAGUGGUUUGCACUAACAAUUAUAAUGGGGCUUGUAAAAAAACCAAGAAUGGAGGAUCACUGGUCCACAAACCCACUGAUAGAGACUCCAAUAUUUUCCAAGACAAUGAGCCGCAAUAGAUUCAGGCAAAUAUUGACAUACAUUCAUUUUGCAAACAAUGCUAACAUGCCUCCCGAUGGUAACCGACUCUUCAAAGUACAAUACCUAAUCGACUAUUUCUCCAAAAAAUUUGAAGAAAAUUUCAAUCUUUCACAAAACAUUUGUAUUGACGAAGGUAUGAUACCGUGUCGCGGAAGGCUUAUGUUUAAAACUUAUAAUCUAUCCAAAAUUACGAAAUAUGGUAUUCUUAUCGGAAUGCUAUGCGAUUCUGCUAGUGGAUAUAUUUCGAGUUUUACACUUUAUUGUGGCGUUGGGCAAAGUUUAAACACCACAAUAAUGGAACUAUUGAGACGUUCCUUUGGAAAAUGGCACCAUCUCUAUAUGGAUAAUCUGUACAAUAGUGUUGCCCUCGCAAAAGAACUACUUUUGAAACAAAUCCGAGUGUGUGGAACAAUAAGGCUUGACCGAGGACUACCAGAUUCUUUAAAAAAUACAAAAUUGAAAAGAUCGGAAUCUUUGUUUAAACGACAAGGGGAAAUACUUUUGCAGUUCUGGCAAAUCUUGAAAAACAGAGUUGUCCGAAUGAUAUCUACAAUUCACAAUGCCGAAUUUGUGGACACUGGAAAGAUUUGUAGAAAAACUGACCGACCGAUUCAAAAACCCCGAUGUAUUAUUGAUUAUAAUCAGCAUAUGAAAGGAGUGGAUCGAGCGGAUCAAUAUCUAAGCUAUUACCCCAUAUUCAAAAAGACUCUAAAGUGGUCUAAAAAGGUUGCAUUGUAUCUUUUUAACUGCAGUUUGUUCAAUGCGUUUACAGUACAUAGACAUAUGAACGUAAGUUGUGGUAAAACUCUGGCAUUUCGUGACUUCCUGCUGCAUAUAGCAAGAUAUUGGAUACAAGACACAGACACCGAAGGGAAUUUUGAAAAUCCUACAACAUCGACUCAUCAUCAUGAUCCACUUCACAGACUUUCUGGAAAUUUAAAAUACCACCAAUUGAUCCCAAUUUUUCCAACUAAUAAACGUAAAAGAAGAAGAUGUCACGUAUGCUAUUUACAUCGUACUAGAAAAACCACAAGAUUGAUGUGUAAAACUUGCAAAGUUGCGUUAUACUUGGGGAACUGUUUUGCUACCUAUCAUCAAAAAAAGAAAUAUUAA